UCCGGCAGUACAUCAUAAUGCGAUGGGGGUCGAAUAAGCGCAGGCAUCGACGCUGGAUGAACCCUGGUCGUGGAUUCUACCUGGCGGACUCGAUCGUCUUGCUCCCUGGAAGUUCAUGCCGCUGGGCUCGAAUUCCCGCAGCCUAGCGAGUCAUGAAGGUUUUAGCGUUUGACAUUCUGAUUCUCUGGAACACAUGAAGUGGUUGGUCGACCCCCGACAGGAAGUUUCCUGCAGUGGGGCCCACCUCUGAAAAGACGGUGUGCCUUCCAGGACAUGCGCAAAGUGGCUUCUUCACAGACGAGUUGCUCGGCCUGUUGCAACUGAAGCGGGCCCUCGAAAGUGAAAUUCACACAUGUUUCCCAAAUCACCACGAUUUAUGUCCUGGAAUCUCGCAAGAAGGGUCACAAAAGUCAAGACUGGCAAUGGCAAGACCAGUUGGUUGAGUUCGAUGUUAUGGCCAAAACUUGGAUAAGCUUAGGUCAUCCCACCUUCCCAUCUCGAUCGAUGACCGCUUGUACGGUACGUAAGCUCGAGUAUCGUUAUAUUCUUCGAUCGUCCGGCCACGUCUCUGGUUCAAAAUAAUAUAAAGAAAUUAAGAGAAGAUCUUUAUACUUAUGUUACUUCAUUCGAUAGCAGAGGUCUGGUUCUGACUCAACUGAAGAGACUGGUUUGGGACUUCUCCGGUAUCCAUAUGGCUGCUGUUUCAUGAAGAAGCGAAGGAGAGACUUUUAGGAGCUUCAAUUGAGAAAAAUUCUGAUACAUUUUCUCGAUUGGAAUGGCUACAUACCACGGUUAUGACCCUAAGGUGCCCAUGUAUAAUACCCCAAGGGGUUUCCGGCGUGGAGUGAUGCAGGUGGAUGUGCAAAUGGCUACAGAUAUAAAAGGAGAUAAGAUAUGCGGUUAUGGUAAGGCUUCUCCUUACGUGCAGAUGAUCUAUGGUGUCGACAAGAAAACCCUCACAUCAUCUCCUCACGAAGGAGCAGGAUCAAGUCCCAUAUGGAACCAAAGGUUCGUUUGUAACUUUCAUAACGCAUCGAUGCUGCCCACUUUUGUACACUUCGAGAUUUGGAACUAUCACCGCAGCAGGAAAGACAACCAGCUUGGCCGUGUCAGCAUAGAAAACCUGCCAGAAUUUAUUGCGCGGUACCCAUAUGGAACUGGAUUUCUGUGGCUUCCUAUCUUCCGGAAAGGUGUGCACAAGGGUGACAUGAUGGUUAGGUUCUACUUUGAGGGCAAAGAUGACAGUUAUUUCGGAGAUGGUCAGUUUGAAAAGGAUCGCUGCGUUUCGUACGGUAAUCAGCUACAUUCGGAGCACUGCGCGGUUUCGGACAAAGGAUACCGGCCCCACUACAUUGUGUUGGAGGACGUUCCAGUGGCUGAACUGGCAGGAUCCAUCAUAAGCUUACAAUAAGCUUCAAUCAUAAUCUGAUCAGGAAAACAACUGCGGCUUGAUGUGACUCCACAACGCGAAUAUUACUACGUUCAAACGAUUACAAUUGACAUAGUGAGGGCUAUAUUGUACUUUUUUAUACACAAAGCCCGUUCUUUGCUGAUGUUUUGAUCUUGUGAUAAAUCUACAUGAUCCCGUUGGAGAACGAGAACUCAGCCUCCUGAUUAUCUACGCGAGGACUGUGGUUGGCGGUUAGAGGAACUAUCGGUGAUAAGAAUGUUAGAUGUCUGAGAUGGCCUUUAGCAUUCUGGGCAGCGCACGCACCUGACUGAUAGACUCAACGAAUCUAUGACCUUGGCUGCUUUCGUUCUUCUGUUCUGAUUUGAAGAACCUGCAAGUUCUGGACAGAAUUUUUUUCUGUCCAGAACUUGUAUUCUGUAUUGUAGGUCACAUGUUAGACUUACAUGGUUCAGUUUGUAUAGUAUUGCGAUCGUGGAAGCUCGCACAUAGAUGUAGGACGACUGGCAGUGCCUUAGGGGUGCAUUCAAAUGAUACACAUCUUUUAUUGCAGAAUCUUGUACGAUCGUACUCAAAACAUAACUUUUCUCCUCAUUUCUAAAUCUGUGGUUUCGUAUUCGCAGAAAGAGUUGUAUUUCAUAUUUCUUCCCGUUCACACUUUCUGCUAGAUUAGACAAUUCUAUGAAACAGUAGCGAGCAAUAGGAACCGCUUCGUCUAUCCCAUAGACCAACUCUUCCAGCGAAAGUAAAUCAGUACAAAUACUGAUAAUGUAAUCACGCUCUUCUGGAAUUAUUUGGAGGUUUUCUGCGGGUCU